CAGAGUGCACUCGGAGAGGCUGUUGGCGGUAGUCCCGCGAGAGCCGGAUCUCUGCAGCCGGGCCGGGGCCAUGAUCCCCCCGGAGGAGGCAGCGGCGGCGGCUGCUAGAGCCCCUGAGCGGGCGCGGGGUCGGGGAGUGCGGGGCCUCCUGCGGGACAUCCGCACCCCGGUGCGCCGGGAGCCCUUCCAGGAGCGCUACGGGCUGAGCCCAGGCCGCGAGCUGGGCAGAGGCAAAUUUGCAGUGGUGAGGAAAUGUGUCAAGAAAGAUUCCGGAAAGGAAUUUGCAGCCAAAUUCAUGAGAAAAAGAAGAAAAGGCCAAGAGUGCCGGAUGGAAAUCAUUCACGAGAUCGCCGUCCUCGAGCUGGCCCAGGGCAACCAGCGGGUCAUCGACUUACACGAAGUCUACGAAACGCCGUCUGAAAUGAUCUUGGUUCUGGAAUACGCGGCCGGAGGCGAGAUCUUUGACCAGUGCGUGGCCGACAGGGAGGACGCCUUUAAGGAGAGGGACGUGCAGAGGCUCAUGAGGCAGAUCGUGGAGGGGGUCUCCUUCCUCCACGCACACAGCGUGGUCCACCUCGACCUGAAGCCCCAGAACAUCCUCCUGACGAGCGAGUCCCCCCUGGGCGACAUCAAGAUCGUCGACUUCGGCCUCUCGAGGAUGGUGGAGAGCCACGAGGAGCUCCGCGAGAUCAUGGGGACCCCCGAGUAUGUGGCUCCCGAGAUCCUCAGCUACGACCCGAUCAGCACGGCGACGGACAUGUGGAGCGUCGGGGUGCUGGCCUACGUCAUGCUCACAGGCAUCUCCCCCUUCCUGGGCGACGACAAGCAGGAAACCUUCCUGAACAUCUCCCAGAUGAACGUCAGCUACUCCGAGGAGGAGCUGGACGCCGUGUCCGAGGCGGCCGUGGACUUCAUCAAAGCGCUGCUAGUGAAGAGGCCCGAGGAUCGGGCCACGGCCGAGGAGUGUCUGAGACAUCCGUGGCUGACCCUAGGCGAAGGCCCAGAACCUCCCUUCCGGGUCAAGAGUCUGAUAGAAGAGGCCGGAGGCCUCCAGGAGGAGGAGGACAGCGCGGGGCCCGAAACGCCGGCAGAGGCCGAGAAGGCCCACCAGGACGAGCUCAUCGUGGUGGCUUCCUACACGCUGGGCCCGUGCCCCAAGGCCAUCUCCAAACGGUUCCGCUUCGAGGAGCCGCUGCUGCCCGAGAUGCCCGGGGAGCUUGUGUACUGAGCGCGGUGCCCGGCUGAUGCCAGGCUCCUUUUGAACACUCGUAUUAUUUAUAGCCGCGUGGCCGCACGUCCAGACGUCUCCUGGGCCCGAAGGACCCGAGUGAGCCUGAGGUGACUGGCGAGGCCGAGCUGGGGGGGAGGGGCUGAGCAGCGCACGCCGUCCCUCCUCCAGAAACCUCAUUUAUGAGAAGUGCCAACCGCAGCCCAGGGUCUGCCUUUGACCCGCGGGCACCGCUUCGGGCAUCGCAUCCGCCGUGGCGCCAGACUUGACUGGCUCCGUUUCAGUUUAGACCUUUUUAGGAUUUAAUUUAAUUUAAUUGAAAGGCACAAGAUGUUUCUAAGAACUAGAAUGGCAGCCGGGGGGUCUGAUGGGUGCAUUUUUGUUGGGGGGGUUCCCCAACUUGUUUUCUCCAGUGAGACUCUCGGCCUUGUCCUUCCCUGUGGGGAUUGUCAGUGAUAAUCCCGGGGUUUUCCCCUACGACCCUUCUUACUCCCAACCAAUAAGAAAAACAAGGUGGAGCCGGUGUUCCCCCUUUUAGUAUCACCCCGGGUUUAGAGAUAGUCUCCGUGUUCUCCAGGGAGAUGGAUGGGGUUGGCUUGGGGCAGUCCUGGGUCCUCCCCUUCCCCUCCCCCAGGUGACUUCUCCCAGGUGUCCAUGUGAUCUGGCCCAGACGGUGCAGUGGUCAGGGAAAAGGCCCUGCGGAGGUUUUCUGAGCAAGGGAGAAGAGGGGACGAGGGGGUGGCCCCCCACUCCUCCCUAGUCACAGAAGGAGAACCUGGUUCCCAUGGAGGCAGCUUUCCUCCAAAGGACUUUUUCUGAAGAUCCCAACUCUUUAAAUUGUCAAUUGAUUAAAGCCUUAAAACUGGAUGAGAACUGCUAAAGGGCCCUUGUGAAAUCGCCCGUCCUCUCAGAGCUGCUUGGCCGGAGGCUCUCACCCAGCUGACCACCCGAAGCGGUUGCCCUGGGCUUCGUUUCCACUCAAGCUUCUUGGGUCUCGGCCUCCCCUGAGGGAGGAAGUAGGGGCUGGGGACCACCUGGGCCUGGCCAGCAGUGAGCUUUACACCAUUGGAGUGAGCCUGGCUUUCCCACAGGACUUUGAGGGCACCUGCGUGCAGGUCUCGAAUGUCUGAUGUUGGAAAGACUGUCUCUGGGUGCCCUCGGAGCCACCCCCAGCCCCAGGUCCUCCCCCGCCAUCUGGGUUCCCAUUGUUACAAAAACAAACCGAAGCGCAGUUAACAAAUUUGCUCCCAGACCUCCUUAAUGGCUCUUAAACAGGCCGCUUUGCCAUUUGAAAUGGUCGCGUUUUCAUUCACGUUUUGUGCCUUAAAGUUUGGGUUUGUGCGUAUUUUUGAGUCAUUCGUAAUUUGUAUCUAGUUAUUCAAGUUUAUUGGUUUGUAAGUUAAAACAGUAUGAAAAGUCUUUCUAUGACAGACCAACUAAAAUAAAUAUUUCUGUCCGUACCGGAUGGC